AUGGUGCGCCUGCUCCUCCACCAAUGCUGUUGCGGCCUCAUGCCCCUGCCCCCUCCUGUGUCGCGCCGUCGCGCUCCCUCCCCCGCCGUCCCUCCUCACCUUCUCCACCGCGCCCCCCGCACGCUCUCGCUCCGCGUGGCCGUCGUCGCGCCCGCCUGCCUCAUCACCGCUGAGGACGACGGCUCCUCCUCCCGGGACGUCGCGGCUCAGAAAGGGGAGGAGACCUCCGGCCGGUUCGACCUAGGGGUGCCGCCGCCAUUCGGGCUGGCUGACAUCCGCGCCGCCAUCCCCAAGCGCUGCUGGGUCAAGGACCCGUGGCGCUCCAUGGGGUACGUAGUGCGCGACGUCGUCGCUGUGCUCGCCCUCGCCGCCGCCGCCGCCCGCCUCGACAGCUGGCUCGCCUGA